ACCAAUAGGGUUUCGAGAAACACAACCUUGGCUCAACAGCUUGUUAUUUCGUUAUUGCUUUGCAACCCUGGCAAGUGGUGAGCAGUCACAUCGGAGCAUCUAUCAACAUCCAUCGAGCUGGACUCCCUCAAAUAGCCAUUACAAUGAAGGCAGCGGAUGAGCCUGCCUACCUGACUGUGGGAACUGAUGUUAGUGCAAAGUACCGCGGUGCCUUCUGCGAGGCAAAAAUUAAGACAGUUAAACGGAUGGUCAAGGUUAAGGUGAUGCUCAAAGGAGACACCACCUCCCAGGUUGUCCAGGAUGACCAGGUCAAAGGUCCUCUGAGGGUGGGCUCCACAGUUGAGGUGAAGAGCCCAGAGGGAGCCCUGAGCGAGGCCGUCAUCAACAAACUCACAGACGCCAGCUGGUACACCGUGGUGUUUGAUGACGGAGAUGAGAAAACACUGAGGAGGACGUCACUGUGCCUGAAAGGCGAGAGACAUUUUGCUGAAAGCGAGACUUUGGACCAACUGCCCCUCACCAACCCGGAGCACUUUGGCACUCCCGUUAUAAAGAAGACAAACCGUGGCCGGAGGACUUCCCAGGCUGUUGCGGACGAGGACAAAGAGUCUACGACGAGUGAAGAUGAGGAGGAUGACCGGCGGCGGCUGAGCGAUGAGCUCUUGGGGAAGGUGGCCUGUGUGCAGAGCGGCAACACCUCCUUCCUGGCCUUAAUUAUAUCUCCCAGCUGCAAUGACGACCUGACUGUCAAAAAGGACCAAUGUUUAGUGAGAUCUUUUGCUGAUUCCAAAUUUCACACUGUGGCAAGGAAAGACAUCCAUCAGCUGAGCACAGACAGUAUAUCCAGGUCGGAGUACUCUUCCAAGAAAGGGUCUGAAGGAGCUGCACACUUCCUGAAGGCUAAGGAGGUGCCGGAGGGCUGGAAGAUGGACAUGAGCGAGAUCCUAGAGUCGUCCAGCAGUGAUGAUGAGGAGGGCGGAGGCAAAGAGAGCGAAGAGGAGGAGAAGGAGGUCGAAGCUGACCAGCCUGAUGAUGAGCCUGACCCGGAGGAGAGGGACCACUUCCUACAGCAGCUCUACAAGUUUAUGGAAGACAGAGGGACUCCUAUAAACAAGCCUCCAGUGCUGGGCUACAAGGACCUCAACCUCUUCAAGCUCUUCAGGCUAGUGUAUCAGCAUGGAGGCUGUGACAAGAUUGAAAGUGGCUCUGUGUGGAAACAGAUCUACAUGGACCUGGGGAUUCCCGUCCUCAAUUCGGCUGCCUCCUACAACGUCAAGACGGCCUACAGAAAGUACCUGUAUGGUUUUGAGGAGUACUGCCGGUCUGCCGGCAUCACCUUCCGCACCGUCCACCACAACAACCCGCGUCCCGUCGUGGUCCCCCCCGCCGAGCAGCAGAAGGCCGUGAAGCAGGAGCCCAGCGAACCCCAAGGGCAGCCAGAGCAGCCUGCCACCACCGCCACAGCCGCCGCCGCCACCACCGACAACAAGCCAGCCGCCAAUGAGGACGACUCGGAGCCCGAGGGCGAAAAAUCCCACAAAGAAGUGUCCUCACCCAGGGGUCGGCGGCGAUGCACAGUGACUCCGGUGAAGGUGGAGCAGAAAGAGCCAAUGCGCCAGGAGCGUCAGCCGCCGCCGCCACCACCCCCGCUGCCGCCACCGCAGCAGCAUCAGAAAGAGGAGCAGCAGCGGCGGAAGGAGGCCCGAGAGGAGCGGGAGAAGGAGGCCCGGGAGGAGCGAGAGAAGGAGGAGCGAGAGAGGGAGGGCCGUGCCGGAGGAGAGGCCAGCGAGGAGGAGCCCCCCGGCAAGAGACGCAGCCGCCGCUUCGAGGAGUCCGACAAGGAGUCGGAGGACGAGGAUCAAGAGGAGGAGGAUGACGACGAGGAAGACGAUGGAGAGAGGUCCAGAACUCGGGAACGGGGUGAGAAUGAUGGUGGUGACGAAGACUCGGAGCACUCGGUCACCGGGACGAAGGUGCGAGUGAAGUACGGCCGGGGCAAAACCCAGAAGAUCUACGAGGCCAACAUCAAGAACACAGAGAACGAUGACGGGGAGGUGCUCUACCUGGUGCACUACUACGGCUGGAACGUCCGCUAUGAUGAAUGGGUGAAAGCAGACAGAAUAAUCUGGCCCGACAAAGGACUGAAGAGGAAACAGAAAAAGAAAGUCAAGAAUAAAGAGGAUGGGGACAAGGAGGACGACAAACAGGCCAAGAUGGGGCCGAAGAGGGGCCGGCCCCCGCUCAAGUCCACGCCUCCCAGCGCCUCGCGCAGCACCUCCAAGACCCCCAGCGAUGAGAGCCGCUCGGGCAGCAAGAGCUCCCGCCAUUCCGACCCCCCAGGCCUGCCCAAUGGAGAGGGAACUCCCCGCAGACGCACCAGGCGGACUUCAGGAAUGUAUGACUCGGAGGACAGAGGAUCUAACGAUUCGGGUAACUCUUCUGAGGACAGUGACAGCGAAGACUUGACUGAGAAGAAGCCGGAUUGGACAGAGAGGACGGACCAGGCUGUAGCGGCCAAGCUGGAGGAUGACGAAGAGGAGGAGGAGGAGGAGGCGGCGGGAGCAGCACCAGCAGCAGCAGCAGCAGCAGAGGGAGGGAGUGCAGCUGAAGUGGCACCUGCAACAGCAACUGCGGCAGUGAUGACGACAACAGAUGUAGAGGCUGCCAGCAGCCCUUCAGAGAAGCCCAAGGCCCCUGAGACACAUGAUUGUGGUGACAAAGCUGAGGAUGAGCCUGUUGUGGCUACCCUCACCACGCCGACGACUGCAACAACGACGACCCCAUCGACCCCAUCGACUCCAUCGACCCCAACGCCAUCAUCAGUGCCGUUGACGCCUGAGCCAGAAGAGAAGUUAACCCCCAGGUCGAAAGCGCGCAGGGGCCGCCCCAAGGAACCUGGCUCCGAGACCCCCAGCCAGCCAGCCGUUGCCGCGGCCCCUACGUCCACCCCCACCCCCGCCGCGCUUCCCGAGGGGGACACUCCUGGCAGCCUCCCACGACCUGCCAAGAAGCCCCAGGAGGUGCCGUUGUCUCCACAGCUGGGCCUGAGUGAGAGGCCCCGUGAGCCGGCCGGCUCGGACACGGACUCUGCCGACGAGGAGGUGGAUGCCGAAGAGCACAACGUUAGCACCGUUAGCGCCGUUAGCGCCAGCCCCAUCAGCAGCGUGGCCAAGCGCAAGGCCACCGAGCAGCGCUCGCCCGAAAAGAGGGCCCGUCUGGAGCCCCCCAAAACCCUCUCGCCUGAGAAGAGAGCCCCCGAGCCAGAGAGAAGGAACGAGGGAGUGCCCACAGACGGAAUGGAGCAACUGGCAGCAGUAGCGGCGGCGGCGGCAGAAGCGGAGGUGAAGACCGAGAUGCCCUCGCUGACCCGAGAAGUUCAGGCCAAGACGGAGGCAGGCGCGCCGAGCUCUGUGCCCCCUCAGGUAGAGCCCUCGUCGGGGAGAGAUGAGGAGAUGAUGCCCCAGAUCGGCCCCGAGGCACUGGUCUGCUACGAGGUGGAUCUGGAUGACCUGGACGAGAAGGAGAAGCCCGCCAGCGAACUGCUCUUGCCCACGAGAGAGGUGAAGAACCAGCCCCCGCCUUCGUCGUCUUCCUCCUCGUCGUCCUCGUCCACUUCGUCCUCCUUAUCCUCCCACCUCUCGCUCGGUGCCACGGCGACAGCAGGGCCUCAGCGGGCGUCGACUGUCUCGUCCUCGACCUCCCCGCCAACCUCGGCAGCCAGCCCGGAGUCGCACAGCACGAAGAGCGAGAGCGACGUGACCAUUGAGGUGGACGGGGAGUCGCAGGAGGGCCUGGGCGAGGCCGAGUCCAUGCACGGCUUCGACGCCAGCGCCAGCUCCAGCAACUCCAGCCUCUCGCUGCAGGAGCGGGAUGCCAAGGACAGAGGUCAGAAGAGGUUGACAGAUGGCAACAGCAGCUCUGCUUCCAAGAAGGUGAAGCGCAACCAGAAGCGCUCGAGCACUACCGGCAAGACUGAAAAGAAUGGAACAGGUCACAGCAGCGACAGUGAGGACCUGCCGGCCACGGACCCCUCCAAUAAGCUAACCCCCAUCAAGCACUCCAGCAUAGCCAAGUCCCAGAAGCAGUCGCGCUCUCCAGGCACCGUGUCCCCCAACAGCAAGGAGCUGGACAAGGACAAGCACAAGGAGAAGCAGACCUUCCCUUCCCCACGCACAUACAAGUGGACAUUCCAGCACACUGAGCUGGACAACAUGUCGAGCACAGAUCGGAUCUCCUUCCUCCAAGAUAAGCUGCAGGAGAUCAGGAAGUAUUACAUGUCUCUCAAGUCUGAGGUGGCCUCCAUCGACCGCCGGCGCAAGAGGUUAAAAAAGAAGGAAAGAGAAGUGUCCCACACCACAGCUUCCACUUCCUCUUCCUCCGACACAGGUAUGAGUCCCUCGUCGGCCUCUCCCACUCAGAAUACAGUCGCCGUGGAGUGCAGGUGAUGACACGCCCAUGGUGGUCCCUCAUACCCAGCCUGGCCCCUCCCCCAGACCUCUGCCUUGUCAGCGUUCCGCUGCCUCCCCGCAGUCACACCAAACGCCGAGCCAGAGCCAGCGGCCAAUAGCACUCGACUGCCCCUCCUCAUCCCGCCCCCUCUUAUCACCACCUGGCAACUCCCACUUCCUGCACUUUGUAAAAAGAAAGAAAGAAAAAACUGAUCCUGCCUCUCUCUUUCUAUCUCUUUAUCUUUGUCUCUUCUCAUUUCAAUCUCUCAACCAGUUUCAGCGUCUGGAGAAAGGAUUUCAUGCAAGACAGAAUGUAACGGACACACACACACACACACACACACACACACACACACACACACACACACACACACAC